CUCCAGAUAUUGCGAAAAAUUGUUACCCUAUGUACCACCAGCAGUUUGAGAUACUUGAUGAGGCAGAAGUCACAUGGAACCCGUGGACUCAGGACCAGCUAAAAAUGGUCUUUGAUGCUCGACACUUCACACCAGGCAUGUUGACCGAUAGUGCAUUCUGGCUGACUCGCUGCAACUUAUUGUUCCUGUGGUGUGUUGAACCUUACAACCCAGAGCGUGUAAUGAGACAGUUCGGUCUCUAUCAAGAAAUUCCACCACCUUUUCCCAGACGUAUCGAUGAGGAAACACAUAAGCUAACCAAUAUGGGCAGGGGUUGGAGUUUAUACGAUUGGAGGGAAGAGAACAGUGAAUGGGUACACAAGUGGACAAAUGAAGCGCUAGCAGAUAUAGUGCGUCAACUUAGGCCGUACGAUGGAAGUACAGAUCAAGCGUACAAGCAGUGGUACUGCAUGAACACACGUGCUAGCCUGGCCAGUCAGCCAGCUACUAUACCAACACAUCUCACACAAGAGGAGCAGGCGCGGAGACAUGUUGAGCUGCAUGCAGCUUACUAUCGUGACCACCUGGACACACCUGAUGUUAAUUGGGGCGAUGAGAACACCCAACGCGGCGUCAACACAGGCCUCCGGGGAGCAUCACAUGAUCAUGGCGUCAACACAGGCCUCCGGGGAGCAUCACAUGAUCUUGGCGACACAGUUACAUCAUUAGUUACAGAGUUCUUCGGAGGGGAUGUUAUUGGCCCAUCUUUUAUCCCCCCGGAGUCACAACCAUACGCCUACAAUUACGCUUCAGGUUCGCAACAAGGAUUCGCGACUCCACCACCUACGCAGGACUCGCAGACACAUGAAACCGAAGUGGAGUACGGCCGCGGUCUUCGUGUGACCCAGCCACCUAAUCGCUUGUCGCCUUCCGGUCGUAAGGAAAGGCCAGGUGGUCGUCGUUAA